CUUUCAAAUGUUUCAAACAGAGUGGUCACUGCUGAUCAGUCGAAGAGUCGAAUGUCGAAUAAUGUUGAAUCUCGAAGUCUUGAAUAAGUUAGAACGUUGAUUGUGCUGUGCAUGUGUAUGCUUGCUGCUUGCUCUCUAUUAGUUAUUUAUUUAGUCCAUUCAGAUAUGUUUUUGUUUUCCGAAUUUGAAGACAUGAAUGUCUUUAUAAUAGCUGGUGAUGCGUCGCACACCCUUGCAAUGUUAUAUUUAUUAUGGAGUAUCAUAAAGGAGAAGUCAUAUGCUGGUGUAUCUGCCAAGACGCAGCUUCUCUACACUGCAGUAUUUAUUACCAGAUAUCUUGACUUAGUUUCGUAUUUCGUAUCAUAUUACAACACUAUAAUGAAAGUGUUCUUCAUACUUGUCUCAGCAAUCACGUUUUUACUUGCGUUCAAAAUGGAGAGCACAUACGAAAAGAAAUAUGACAGCUUUUGGUCUGAAGUCCUUAUUGCCGGGGCACUGAUUUUUGCAGUGUUCUUUUCUCACAGUUUAGAUGCUGUUGAAAUACUCUGGACAUUCAGUGAGUACUUGGAGGCAGUAGUUAUCAUCCCGCAGAUUUACAUGAUCUUCCACAGUAAAAAAAUCACCAGACACAUGAAGGUGUAUCUAUUUUUGUUGCAAAUAUACAAAACAAUGUACGUUUGCAACUGGAUAAACAGAAACAAUAUGGAGAACCGUGUGGACUUAACAUCUGACAUAUCUGGAUUUGUUGAUAUUAUGAUAUUCUAUGUUGGUGUGGUAAUUUUGCGCUGCAGUAAAAUAACAAUUCACGAAUAUGAGCAAAAGGAUGUGACAAAAUGGAAAAAUAUAUUCCUCAUCAGUAGUGGUUUUGCAUCGCCUAGAGCUACUAAGACAAAUGCUCCUUUGAUUACCGAACAAGUUUACCAGCCUGUAGUCGUAUAGGAUGUUAAAAAAUAUUAAAGUGACUUAAGUUUAUUGUUAUCUUAUCUUCUUCUUAGGGUACCAUGGAAGGUCAGAGACUACAAUGCUUAGAUUUUUAUUGAUAAUCUGACUGAUGUAUUCUUUAGUUUAUGAAAAUUUUUAACCUUUCUUAUGUAAUAUAAAUAAAAAUUGUAGAAUUAAUAUAA